AGCAGAGGAGGAGGAGUGUGGCUGUCUCCGCUCACUUGUCCUCAGCGAGGGGACUCCGAGAAUAAACAAUUCCCACAGAAGAGUUACACGCUACACGCAUCGGCCUCGCUCGCAGUCGCAGCACCCACCCACACGCACACGCACCCACACCCACACACACACAAAACACAAAGGCAUCUUUUUGGACUAACAUUUUUGUUUUUUAAAAGCCUGCCUCGCCAUCUUUGUUCCGCCGCCUGAAGUGUGAAGACGGACGCGACCGUUUUUCAUUGGAUUGUCCUCCUCCUGUCGACCAGGGCGAUGCGCGUCUCCGGCUGAGUGCGGGGCGGACAACGCAGGUUAUGUGGCGGCAGUGCAGGGGAGAAGCGGGGGCUAAGUGAAAAUGCCACUCAUUCCUGAAGAGUCCCUGGCCUCGUCAAGGUCCCCCAGUUGAGAUCUGCAAAGCUGAAAGGCGCCACUGAGAGGACCUCCGCCAGGCCUUAAGACCGACAUCCCAAACACCCAAAGCCACGGAAUGUGUCAACAUCUUCGCGGUGAAAAUCCUGCUGACUCCUCGCUUGCUGCUCGUGUAAGCGUGGAGCUGGGCCUUCUGGGGUCCUACGGUGUUUAAAGGCAUACAACAAUGCCUGGAAGGCCCACCUGCCCCAGUUUGCCUCCAGCUAUGGAUGCUGCGUCACCACAAUGCUGACUGUGCCCACUAAAGAAAGGGAUCACAUCUGGGACGCUUCUUUCUUUGUAUUUAGGAAGUACAUGACACUGUCAACCAGAUGACCUAGUGGACAUUUGUUUCCUAGUAGCAGAGCUGAACCAUACGAGGGGAACCUAGAAUUGAACAUGACUCAUGGGGAGGAGCCUGGCCCUGAAACACACAAGGAUUCAGCUGUUUUAACUUAUCUGGAAGGUUUACUGAUGCAUCCAGUGAUAGCCGGCCCUGGGGCCACGGCCAGCGGCAGGUCAGAGGCUGCCCACAGCAACCAGGAGCAGGGUGACAAGGUGGGCGGGCCUUUCCAACUGCCUAAUCAUGGCCCCACAGCUCCCAAAGCUGGGACUAACGGGCCCACACUGGGUUCUUCGCAGCACCCGAAAAAGGCCCGCCUGCUGCGCUCUGGGGUCUGGAACGAUCCAGGGACCCAGCGAAUGACUUCGCCCCCAAUGGAGCUGAAUGGCCAAGUGGGAGGUCUGCAGAAUGGAACACUAGAGGGGUCUCCUCAUGCCGGAGAGAGCACCCUGCUGGCGUCCCUGCUUCAGUCAUUCAGCUCACGGCUUCAGAGUGUGGCAAUGUCUCAGCACUCUAAUAAACCCCCUAGUGAGUGUUCCUCUCCAUCCAAGGCUCCGCCUGCGGAUAAGGACCCCCUUCCUGUGUAUGGGACAGCCUCAAGCCGUUUGAAGGGCCUGAUGAGAAAGAGCAAACUUCAAAAUCACAGCAACACCCCUUACAGUCGCAGGGGACACAGUCAGGAUAGGCCAUCGGAAUCGCCUCGGUCAGCACACAGUGCAACACCUCCCUCCGCCCCGGCCACCGCUGAAUCCGUGUCCUGUGCCGAUCGCCUGAAGGCGGUGGCAAACAUGGUGAAAAUACGUUCUAGUCCCGCACCUUCACCCAAGCCCAGUGUGGCUUGUAGUCAACUGGCCCUGCUGCUGUCCAGCGAAGCCCAUCUCCAGCAGUACUCCCGGGAGCAUGCCCUCAAAGCCCAGCUCUCAGGAAGAUCUGCCAGCGAGAGACUAGCUGCCAUGGCGAACCAGCAGUACGGCCAGGACAGCAGGCCACCUAGUGUGGGAGGGUCUCUGCCUGGAGCCCCAGACACGCUAAGCUCCUUAACAACCCAAAAUGGAAUGACAACAACAACCACAAUAACGACACUCCCUCGAACAGUGCUGUCCAGUCCACAGAGUCCCUCUUUGCUGCGUGGCAACAGCCAAGGCUCCCCACCCACUCCCCCACAUGCUCCAAACCCCACUCCCUGCCAACCACCACGGGAGAAGCGAGGCUUUGACUCACGUCCAACCCGUCCCCCGCAGACCUGCAGCAGCUUGCUGCUGCUGCUUCUGAACAACCACAACAACCAGAAGCAGCUGACCAAGAAUGGGCACCUAGAGGACAGCUGUGGUAUUCUGCCGCCCAGUGGCUCAUCUUCAGUCACAUCGGAUAGCGAGUGCUCCGUCCAGGAGAGGAGCCUAACCAAGGACAGCAGUGAUGCAGAGAGUUCCUACUCGAGCUGCUCUCCCAUUGACCUUUCCGUAAGAAGCCGGGCCGGCACACAAGACGCACGGCCAAAAACUAGCGCUCCCUCUUCCUCGUUCUACUUCUCUUCUUCCACCUCUAACUUCUCUCCUUCCACUACGGUGUUUUCUUCCCCCCCAGUUGCCUUCUCUCCCCAAGCUUCUGUUCAAUCCUCCAGCGCAACCUUUUCCCCUUCCUCUAAUAUUGCCCCCUCUAUUUCCACUGCUAUUUCCUCAUCUUCCUCUUCUAUGUCUACCUCCUCCCUGGACAAACUAACAGAAUCUUUAAUAAACAAGUGGAAGCCAGAGCCAUCAAGAUCAAAGCUGUGCAAGAACAAGGAGCCUGAAAUGAGCCAGGACCUAAAGUCACCCUCUAAAGUUACACUUAUGCAGCUUCUUCUUGAGCGCCGAAAUAAUGAGAUGGUUAAUAAAAGUGUAGGUAACCCCAAUUCACCUGUUGAUAUAAUUAUGUCCACCAUGGCUCAAGGCCAACCAAAGGGACUCGUCCCCUGGGAGGAGACCAGGACAAAAAGCCCCGUAGAUAGACCUGUUGCGCCAGCCCAGCCCCUCUACUCACCACUCACCCGGGACACUAGUGGUGCACUCUCCCCGUACUCCUACCCCUCCCCCCAUGUCCAGUCCAGCCCGUUGGAUUUGUGUAAAUCUAAAGCCUUCCCUGCUGAGAAGGCUUCAGAGCCUGCUUUCAGUGCCAGCAAACUGUUACAAAAUCUGGCUCAGUGUGGCACAGCCUCUUCCUCCCCACCCAUCCCCUCUGGCAAAGGGCUCGUACAGGAGCUAGAUGCCAGCAGGCCCCUUGCCCUAUUGGAAAGGCUCAAUACUCCAAUCCACAGGACCACCACCACCACUCCACUCUCAGACGGACCCUCGGACAGUGGCACACCUUUCAGUCAGAAGGAAGCUUCUCCUCCUUCAACGCAGAUCGAGAACCUUCUUGAAAGGCGCACUGUGCUUCAGCUCCUGCUAGGAACAGGCUCGGCCACUGCUACGGGCAGCCGCAAAGACAGGCCCAGCGGCAGUGGCAGGAGGAGUGUGGAAGUCGCAGGGGGGGGCUAUGAGAAGGGUCCUGGGGCCUCCCCUAUUUGUGACAGCUCUAAUGGGCCCACUAGGGACGUGAAGGUCAAAACUGAGUUUGCGGAGGACGUGAGACCGUCCUUGGCCGUGUCUCAGGACUCUAGUGGCAGGAAGAGACCUAGUGGCUAUGAAAAGAGUGCCCCCCCCUCAGAUUGUCAGCAGGACUUAAAAACAGAACCACGGCCUACAGAGGUCAUAGCAAAAUAUGGCCUCCUCAGCCAGCUGCUUAAACAACAGACUGCUACCUACUAUACCAGCUCUGCUAUGCAGGCUGAAUCACAGCCCAGGCAAGUUAAAGAGGAACAGAGGGAGUAUCCGAGCUCAGGUCCUAAAAAGAGACGCCUCUGCUCUGACCGGACUGAAAGGUAUGAUCAUACCAGCAUAAGAGCAGUGGACAGUGGCAACGUAAAUCUUUAUGAAUCUUCUGCUGUUCAGGAAGAGCCUGAACACCAGAACAACGUGAAGGAAGAGGAAGCUCCACCAAGGAGCCCACCAGGUAAAACCCUCACCAGAGAGAGCCGGGGCUUCAACGUGCUCAAACAGCUUCUGCUCUCUGACAACUGCUUGAAGGAGCUGUCCCAGCAGCCGCAAGGGACACCGAGUCCCUCCGUCCUGCAGGCCAACGGCAGCCAUCUCAGUCAGCCCGCACAAAAUCACAGCUUCCUCCACCUGCCGGGCUGGCACCCUCAUGGUUCUGUUAACUCAGGGCUUCCGAGUAAUCUCAGACCACUGCCCGCCCCCCCUGCGGGCGACAGCCCUAUCCGCACCCCUUGGAGCCACCAGCCAGCUCCAUGGCCGGUUGCUCAAAAACGGGACCCGCCUACUUUAGUCAAACAGGAGCCCGAGAGCCCUGUGAGAUGGAGUAGUCAGGAGAAUGAGGAUGAGGACGAGGACGAGGGUUGUGACUCAAACCCGGACUCUCCACGCCUCUCGCGCUCCAACCCCAUCCUGUAUUACAUGCUGCAGAAGGGCAGCAUUCAGCUGAGGAAGGAGGUGCGGGAUCAGGCGGAGGGAACCCACUCUAUGGUCAGAGUUAAAGAAGAGCCAAUCAGUGACAUGCAUGCUUAUGAACACACUCUGAGCUCCAAUCCGCAAUCCCCGAAACACAAUGACAAGCACAGCCAUGAGAGCCAGGGGCUGAGCCAAUCGUAUGAGUAGAAGUUGUAUCAACUACAGAAAAAUACAAAGUGGAAUGGAAUUCAUUUACUCUUUUCUUUUUCCUUUUUUUCAACAACUUUCCAAAUUGGUUUGAUUGGACAAAUAAUAAAGAAUGCAAACGUGACAUUUUUGGGGGGAAUAGAGAAAAUCCUUAUUCAAAAGCAUACUUGCAUUGGUUUCUCAAUUUUAAAAGGCAAUGUCACAGAGUGGUAUAAAACAGGUCUGUCAUAGCAAAAUGUUUAAAUAAUAAUUGGCGAAGUUAAUGUCACAAAGCUAACCUUUCCCAUCAGUAAAUAUUACGCACAGAUUUAAUUUGGUCAAUUAUGAAGAAGUCCUCUACUAUUUGGUUUUGUUUUACACUUUUUAUUUUUUUACCUGAAUUCUACACAUAUCACUAUUCCAUGUGCCCUUUGUUGCCAGCCAUAAAACAUUUAGAAAGAACAUUUCAGGCAACAUUUAUUAUUGAUGACUCCAAAAAUGUUAGUACUCAGUUCACUGGACAUUUAUUUAUUUCCUCCAUCAGAACAUUUUCAGAUAAGACAGAGGCGCAUCAAUUUUAGAUAAGAUUCCAAAUAAAGCCAUUCUAGUGGUGACACGGCGGUCUAUUACAACAAUGCACAUGAUAAAUUCACUCAAAGGAGGACCUUGAAAAGUGUUCACACUGCAGUAGCUCCAGUGAGGAUCUUACCCCGAUGCAUUGCUUCUCCAGAUUCACAGUGUGGUUUACUGAAAGGAGGAUAGAGCUACGGAGGUUUGAAUGCUCACAUCAUUGAGCUAUGCUUUCCUUUGAAUUGAACGUUUUGUGGGCAAUAUUCAACAGUGCAAAUUCAGGGUGUCGUGUUUGCAGAUUGUGCCGUUUUGAGCAGAUGGGUCAACAGGGCGCGUGUGGUGCUUACCGUUGAGCAGGUUUCUGGAGCAACAGUUAAAAGGCUGAAAAAAAAACGUAUCUCACCACCCUGGUAAACAAAACCACCACUUUGUGCACAUGAAAACUCCAAGUGUGACGCACGUUGCUUUGUUGCUUUUCAUUUCACGUGACAGACCACCUAGAGUUUGCAUUAUCGAGAGCAGAGUCUUCGGUGUCCUUUUCCACACUCAUUUAACAUGGCAUGUAAUAAGAAAAGAAAUGUCAGUAUUGUUAUCUGUUGAGAAUUUGACAGUUUGUAAUUCUUUUCUUCAUCAUUUCUUCAACUGUUGUGCUUUAUGGACAUUUUUUUUCUUUUUUUUGUGGCAGCCUCUUAACUCAUAAAAUGUCAAAAGAAUUGCAUGGUAAUAAAGAGAAGACCACGGGUACAUCUUUUUUUCCCCAAGCACCUGGAUGUGUGUACCUGCCCCCAAUAACCACCAACACAUUUGGUGUCUUGAGGGAUAUCCGCUAUCUAGCUCCUUAUUUUGGUUGUACUGUAUUCUUUUGGGUUGAUGUCACACACUGCUUUAUCCAUUUAGUCUUGUCUUUUUAAUACAUAUACCUAUGAAGUACGUCUCUUCAAUUAUUAAUACAUUUUCACAAUGGUUAAAUAUAUUUGUGUAAAUAGUACUUUCAGUAUGAAAGAUGACUAUUUUGUAAUGUUUAAGAAAAGAUAUUACCCUAGUUUUUAAUGCCCUGAUAUGUAAAUAUGAAUUAUAUGCGUACAAGUGUACAUACAAAGGCAGAGGAUGCUAUGCCCAUCUUUUUUUGGUUGGUUUGUUCUUUGCAUGUGUCUCUAUGUGGUAAAUGAUAAUCUAUCCUGCGCUGUGUUGUGUAAUAAUGUCUGACUCUCCUCACUGCUGCCUGUUGCAUGCAGACGCAUGGGAACUACCUGUGUAUCCCUAUUGGUGAAGAGGGAAAAUGUCAAGUCUUAAAAGUAGGUCUUUUUUUAUCACAGAGAGGUCCGUUUAGAAUACCAACAGUCCCUAAAUAACCGCAGACUGUCAAGCAAGUUGAUUCUGAAAUGUGUGAAAAUAAACGUGCAUUGAAUAUUU